AUUUCAGUUUUCUGCAUGCCAACAAUGGCAAUUUAGUUUGCAUUUGAGAGUCGAGAACCAAAACCGUGCAGUGAAUCUCCACUAGAAUCCUCGGAAAAGGAGCGGCCUCCCAGUGACUUCGGACGCUGGAACUUGUGUGCUCUUCCUGCGUUACGUACCGAGGAGAGGCAAGAUGUCGAGCAGACUUCUAUCCUGUCUUGACGCAAUCGAAAAGCGGGUAGAAAUCUUCCGGCAGGCUGUUCAAUCUUUAGAGAUCGAGAAAGAUUCUCUCGUCGAGAUUCUUCGACGCUUCGGUGACUCCUCAGAAUUGCAAUCGCUCCCAGAAGCGGAACAGGAGGAACUGAUGCUGAUUCGAACAAGACUGCUCAGUCGGGUCACUACUGUGGACGUCACGGUCCUGACGCCGCGCACCGAACAGCAAACCUCUGCACUCGUCGCGGUGACCGAGAUUCUAGACAAACUUCUUACCCGAUUCCAGAAAGAGGAAUGUAAACAUGAAUGUGAGCGGUACCUCAAUUCCUGUUUGAGCGAUCCCACCGGUCCUAUCGACGAGAAGUUCCAGAGCAAGGUCGUCGAGUGCACAGCUGACGAUCAGAAGAAAAUAAAGAAGAAGCUUCAAGCCAUGUUACGCCAGCUAGAGAUGGAGCAAGACGAGCAAAAGCAACAAGAAGAAAAUCUGCCUAAUGGGGAUGCCCAUUCCCAUAAUAAUAUAUGAUCUGAUCCAUGAAGUGACAUACCGGCGGUUAUCUGUUAACUUCAUGAAUUGUAAGGGGCUGCUAGCAGAUGGCUAGCGAGAGAAAGUCCCGGUCGUGUGGUUGAGCUUUAGUAGCACCGGCGAGUCGGCGGAGUUUCGAACAUAGGUACUUCUCAUUCCUCGUGCAUCUCUCUCUGCUUAGAUAUAUCUUCCGAGUUACGGACCGAAGGGGCACUACGA